AUGUGUAAUUAAGAUUAUGGCGAUCUCCAUACCUGGUACAUUACCUUGAUGUAUCCCAGGUAAACUCCAGCUGUUUCCCAGGUACCUAUGAGAUCGCUUCAUAGAUGUAUCGGUAUCUGGUGUCAAGGGAGUGUAAGACUUGAUGAAACAGGAUGGUGCGAAUGCUGUAACGCUUUUUCUGAGAAGGAGAUAACGACACGUUUGCAUUACAAUUAGUCGUUUGGUAUUAGAUAGGAAUUCAGAGGUGUGUUCGCAUUUGCUGAAUUCUCUUUCUGCACCAACAAUGGCACAAGCUCAGGUCGUCUCACCCUCUCUCUACUAUGUUAAUGCUCUGAAAUCGACAACCCAAACACGAGCUGCUGUAACACGAAUUCCAUUAUCCAGUUUAGCAAGCGGUGCGGGUUCUUUCACCCAAGGAUGCUCUCCUCUUUUGGUAUGGAAGGUUUCAUGUCAAAGGAAGCCUGAAUUAAGAUCAAAAUCAGUUUCUAUUAGAAGUGAACAAAGUGCAAAAGAUGACAAUGGUUUGGCUGUAUGGCUUGGACGGUUUGCAAUGAUUGGGUUUGCAGUUGCUCUCACAGUCGAAAUAUCAACAGGCAAAGGACUUUUAGAGGUAUUAAGGAGCUUCAAUUUUGGACUUCUGACACCAUUACCGACAGUAGCAUUGGGGGUUACAGCUUUGGUGGGAGUUCUAACAGCAAUAUUUAUUUUCCAAUCUGCCUCUAGCGAUUGAUUAAUGGUGAGGUUCUUAUGUAUGAUACCGAGACUACUUGUUAAGAGUAAAUACAUGUAAGUUAUUUCCGUGCAUUCUUAUUCAUGUACUGAUUUUGGGUGUGAAAAAAGAACCUACGCUACCUAAGAACUUAUCGCAGGAAAAGGUGCAUUUGUCUCUCAUUCCGUGGUGUAGUGUCUUCAUAUUGCAGUGUUAUGUUGCCCAUGAAGUAUGGAUGUAACUUUUUGUCA